GAGUUGUCCGACAACAAUCUCAACGAAUUAACUGAUAACCUGUUUCGAGGAAUGAAGAAUUUAACAAGGCUGUAAGUGAGACCUUUUUAAGAUUCUAAUAACGUUAUGAUUAAAGGAACUUUUCUGGCAUGGGAUUUAAACUUGUAAAAGCAAAUCCUGACGACAGACGUUAACGAUUUUUCACUGCAGGGCAAGAAGACUAAUAGGGAAAUUACAAUUUAUGACAAGCCGGCUUGCAAAGGCUGUUCUAUGAUCAGACUUUUAUACUUCUCAUUAAUCCUUCCAAAUGAUGUUAAAGGCUGCAAACCAGCUCGUUAACUCAUCUAUAACCUUUACCCAAUUUUUUUUUUGAGUCUCUCUGUUGUUAUCCUCUAUCAGUCCAUUCUUAACCUUUAUGUAGAUUGUUUUCCCUAUUUUUAUACUGUCUUUCCGCAUAUCUCUCCCUCCGUUUUCCCCGCUUCUCGUUUCAGUGUGUUUAUCUGUCUGGACAUCCAUUGAUUCUCUUGCCACUCUUAUAGGUGGUUGCGUAACAACAAACUGAAGAAGCUAACCCCAGAACUGUUCACAGAUUUAAUCAGUUUGGAUGACCUGUGA